AUAGAAUACAUUAUACAUCUGGGCGUUCACACACAAUAAAAAUACGUUUUCAUCAACUCACUCGCGUUGUAAUAAUAUGGCUUCAAUAAUAAAUAGAGAAAUUUACCUCGACCAUUGGCGAAAACAACCAAAAAACAAGAUGACAACGAUUCGAAAUUUUGUUCUGAACUGAUUCGAAUAAUUUACUAUUCGAUUCGAAAUGCCCAGUCCCAAUUAUGGCAAACAAUUCGGCAACGCGUCUAUCCUUUCAAUUCCAAUAUGAAAUUGUUUUUUGAUUUGAUAGUUCACAAACUAUUUUGUAGCUUUGGUUUUGAUAUAUACUUUCAUUUUUAUUUUAGUAAAAUUACUUAUUCAGCAAAAUUACUUAUUGUCACGUCGUUGCAAACUUCGGAGUCACUCAAAAUGAAGUUAUUCUUGACUGCGUGCUUGUGCUACUUGUUCGUCGAGACAGGUUACGCCGUUAUGUGCUACGAUUGUCAGGACUGUGGCGAUGCCACAAAGUUGACUGAUGAUCAACUCCUGAGAUGCCCUGGCCCAGUUUGUGACAAGACUUCUGAAAAUGGUGUUGUUGUGCGAACAUGUGCCGGCGUUUCGCCUGUUCUUGGCUGCCAUAACACCGAUACUCAUGGUGCAACCAAAGAAACUUGCACUUGCGUUGGGAAUAAAUGCAACGGAGCUAGAACCGUGAAAUCAAGCAUCAUAGUUGGAUCCGUUAUCAGCCUCCUCGUUGCUAAAUUUAUUGUUUAGACCAGAAAUAACAAAAUUAUAUCUUAUGUUGAUUGAAAGGAUUGUAUAUAUAUUAUUUGCACUAUAUCCUGGAAUUUUUACCCUUUCGCCAGAAUAAAGAUUCAGUCAGAUGGACCCAUUCAUUUAACCAGAGCCAGGGGUGUGCUACCUUCAAUACAAGCGGGUCAGAUACAAAUGACUAUGUGAAACCGCGGACCGCACCCUUAUUUGACAUAAGCCCCUAAAACAAAAAUCUGGGAAACAUGCUGAAUGGGGUGAGAUGAAAAAAGUCCAUCAAACAGCUGUUAUAUAUUUAUAAUUCAUAUUAUGGGAAUUGUUGUGAUUCGUUAAUAUUAAAGUCACCCAUCUCGUCUCGACGUGAUCCGUUUAUCCAGGGAUUUUUAAACUUUUUUGCAUGAAGGGCCUAUAAUUUCAUUGAUGACAAGUGUGUGUCAGUGAUUUGUACAAGGGAAAACCAGGGUGUCCAUAGUCUCUUUAAUUUUGUUAUGAAGUCAGUGUUCAAUAUAUCUUAACCAGGUUUGGUAUAUUUUAUUCAUUAAUUGUUUAGGCAUUUUUACCACAUUCAAUACAUUUGUGAGGGCCAAAACAAUAAAUAGUAUCGAUUAAUUUCUUCCUUCGCAAUUUCAAAAAAUUUAAGACUUUGUAUCAAGCAAACUUUUCGGCAGUUUCAUAGGGAUUGUUGGUGAACUCGACGAAUUUGAACAGUUGACCACCAUUUUAUUUAUCCAGUCGUAACAACUUCAUCGCAUUAUAAUUGAUGUCAGUUAAAGAAAGCCCAUAGUACGCUGUAUUCUUCUUCAAAAAGUAUCAAUCAAAGUAUAAGGGCCAGACAAUUGGGCUUUUGACUACAAUAAUAAAUUUCUUUGCAACAUCAGCAUCAAACAUUUUUUUUUCAGCAAGCCAGCUGCUCACUUUAUAGCUAUGUAUUUAUAGAGACGUUUGACAAUGUAAUAGACGAAAAAAACUCUGUGGUAGUUAGGUCAUCUUGGGUGUCAUAUUAUGUAGUUAAUGACUGGGUCCGCCUGUGUCCUAAGACUCCGACAAGCGGUGAAAUCUUCAAUGAGCGCGUUUUGUAAAGUCCGCAUUCGCAUAAAACCCAAUAUAACUCGCUGAUUGCUAAAUU